GGGGGCGGGGCGGCGGCCGGGGGCGGAGCGGCGGCCGCGGCGUGAGCCCGCCCCUGCUCGUCCUCCGCCGGCCGGCCGGUGCGGCCAUGGAGGUCUACAUCCCGUCCUUUCGCUACGAGGAGAGCGACCUGGAGCGGGGAUACACGGUGUUUAAGAUAGAAGUGCUAAUGAAUGGAAGAAAACAUUUUGUUGAAAAAAGAUACAGCGAAUUCCAUGCCUUGCACAAAAAGCUUAAAAAAUGUAUAAAAACCCCAGAAAUGCCUUCUAAGCAUGUUAGAAACUGGAUCCCCAAGGUGUUAGAACAACGCCGACAAGGUUUGGAAACAUAUUUGCAGGCUGUCAUUUUAGAAAAUGAGGAACUUCCAAAGCUGUUUCUUGAUUUCCUAAAUGUACGACACUUGCCCUCUCUCCCAAAGGCAGAGAGCUGUGGAUCUUUUGAUGAGAUGGAAUCUGAAGAGUCAAGCAAACUGUCCCACCAGCCGGUGCUGCUGUUCCUCAGGGACCCAUACGUCUUGCCUGCAGCCCGCGGUAAUCAAAGCUGUCAUCUGCUAACAGCUCUUUACUGAUCUGACCCUGCGCCACGGAAGCCACGUUUUUAAUACAGAUUUUCCCAACGUGGUUAUUGAAGGAGUUCUGCAUGGGAUAUUUUACCCACAUCUACAGCCCAGGUAGAAAUCUGAUGUGUCCAGAAGCCAAAGAAACUCUUAGAAGUCGUAGGCAAGGCUAUCAAUAGCUACCAAAUUAACCUAAACUCUGUGACACAAGCUAGUGGUAAAGCUCUCAGUCCCAGCUUAAUUCAGGGCAGGGAUGCUCCCAUUAGAGUGGUGCUUUUAAAAAUAGAAACUGAAUGGUAGUGGGGAGGUUACCUUUAAGAUAGAGCAUGUAGCUGCCUUUUAGAAACCCAGCAAAGGGAAGCCAGAGAAGCCCCCUGGGGGUCCUGAAAGAAGCAAGCUCCUAGUUCUUGGGCACCAUUUGCUAAUUGAAAAAAUCCUCUCCUGAAUCAACACUGAGACUGGCCAAUGUCAGUAGCUCUUUUGUUCGGAUUUUAUGACACACUAGGCUUUUUAUCGUGAGAUUUUUCUCAGCCAGCAGUGGAUGUUUCCUGAAAAUGCUGGCACCAAGGAAGGUAUCAUGGAAACUCACAGCUAAAUGCGGAAAAGGACCUGAACUGGAAAUUAAGUGAUACUGACAUUAUUAAGGCAUUUUUUAAUUCAUGGCAUUUAAACAUCAAUGUCCAGUGGAGUUGCACAUCACCCAGGUUCACAUCUGAUGUCACCACAUAAGACUAAAAGGAAAUGAAGCAGAUCGUUUCAAGUGGUGCCAUAUUGGAAAUCUGUCUGUCCACAACCAGCUGUUAUUUUAUUGUUGGAGGAAGUGACUGUCGCCAAUUGAAGACCAACUGAAGUUGUUGGAUCAGUUAAGGGGUUAUUUCAUACAAAGCAGAAGUAAAAACAUACCUUUAAACACUAGAAUCACACCUCGCCCUGUAAGAGACUUGGUCUUGAAGAGGCACAUGUGAGCUGGCAGUGCCCAGGACACUUGUCUGGGUUGACUCAAGUGCAUCCAUUAAAUGAGUGGACGUUGCCGUGGGAUUUCCUGUUACAUCCUUACUGUUCCACUGACCUCAUAUUGAAAUACAGAAAUGUGUUUAUGACAUAACUCUACAAGGCAUCAUAUGAACGUUCAUAGAGUAAAGGAUAAAAGCUUAGACACCAGUUCUAUGUAUGUGCUAUAUUUCGGCAUUUUAUUGAGCACGAAUUAAUGACUAUCCUAUUUAUGGUUAUUUGUUUUAAUAAGCUUUUGUGUGAGAGGAAAUAUUUAGAGUCAAAACUAAUAACUGAAUCUUGGUUUUGAUUAGCAUCUAAAUUAGAUUUUAAACCUGCUACAACUUUCUAAGAUCCAUUUAGAAUAUGUGUGUUACUUGACAUUGGAAAGAAGAAAUAAUGAAUCAAGUGUCAUGAACCAGGAACUAAUAACAGUAAAGUGUUGGAGUUGUUUUUUUUAAUGUUUUUGUUAUUAGCAUUCUGAGUUAAAUAAAAAGAAGGAAUAAGAAAUACCUG